ACGCGAAGAGGGCUGCUCCGUGUCCGGUUUAGAGGUGACUGCGGGCUCAAUCAGACGCGGAAGCACAACUUUGUUGUUCUAUCACAUGUUGAGUGUGAGCGAGGCCUGCGGUGUGCUGCAUCUCCAAAUGCGCGUGUGAGCUACGGACGGCCGCGCUUCGUCCACAAAACCUCUCAGGACAUGGAGCAGAACAUGGAGCAGAAGUUUGUGACUGCGGUGGGGACAUUGGUGGAAGCCGCCGUCCAGGCCACGAUGCUGGCGUGCCGGCAGGCCUGGGGACGUGAGGGGCCGCUGCCGGACAUGGAAGAGGCCCACGCGCAGAGCUUUCGGAGCAUCCAGAGCUCUCUGGUGCUGGACAUCCACGCCGUGUACACCGAGCUGCUGGGGGAGGUGGAGUCUCUGCGGGCCCGUGUGCAGCAGCUGGAGGGGGCGCUGCAGCGGAGGCCUAAAGCGGGACACCGGGGAGAUGAUGAGGGAAACCCGGAGACGAUGCUCCAGAGCUUGGGUGAAAAUGCCGAGAACGUGCUUCUACAGGACGGCUUUCUGCUGGAGGCUCCUGUGCUGUUCGUAUCCACUGAUCCAGAGCCGCUGGUUCUGGAGGCCCCCCACAGCCCAGACAGCCCAAAUGUACUUGAUGGCUCAGCUGCUGAGAGAUCAAAAAGGAAGAGAGGACCCAAUUCAAAAAGAUAUAAAUGUGCUGGUGAGGAGGAGGAGGACACGGGCCCUGUGGAGGUGCUGGCCAGUCGAGUCUCAGGCAGAACCUUGAAGCCUUUGAAGCGAUACUUCUGUGACUUUUGUAACAUGGGCUUUCACUGGAAAGGAGACCUGAACAAGCAUAUGAAGGUGCACUUCAAAGCCUUUCCCUGUGAGCAGUGUGAGCGCACUUUUACUGACGAGGCAGCUCUGGAGAAACAUGCCCAGAGUCAUGAGGAGAAGGAGCCAUUGCCCUUUCCCUGCCCACACUGUAAGAGGGCUUUCAGGAAGGAGCUAUCCCUGCACAACCACAUGGCCCGCCACCAGCAGAAUCCCCCCAAAGCCUUCACCUGUGACCAGUGUGGGCGCAGUUUCAGGCUGGAGCAGUCCCUGGAGAACCAUCGAGUGCGUCACCAGAAAGAGGCUCUGACCUUUCAGUGUUCACUCUGUGAUAAGACGUGCAAGAGCUCUGUGCAGCUACGCUGCCACAUGGUGGUCCACUCGGAGGACCGGCCCUACAGCUGUGCAACCUGCGGCAAAGAGUUCAAGAGUAAAGACACCCUCCGAUUCCACCAGAUGGUCCACACCAACACCAAGAAGUACAAGUGCUCUGAGUGUGAAGAGAGCUUCAAGUACGCCCACUCCCUGACAGUACAUCGCAGAAAGCACACAGGCAUUAGCCCAUUCGUCUGCUCUGUUUGUAACCGCUCCUAUCGCACUGGCACUGCCUUAAAGCGCCACAGUGUGGUGCACACUGGAGAAAAGCCUUUUACGUGCCACAUCUGUGGAGCUCGCUUUAGCCUCAACAACAACCUGAAGAGACACAUCCGUAUCCACACAGGUGAAAAGCCCUUCAGCUGUCAGGAUUGUGGCAAAAGUUUCUCUGACAACAACAAGCUCAAGUCGCACAUGCUCAUCCAUGGCGCUAGCAAGCCCUUCAUGUGCGACCUGUGUGGAAAGACCUUCCUGUUCAACUGCAGGCUGCGGGCGCACCAAAAGUUUGUACAUGCUAACCGCGAGGAGUCAGAUGGGCAGCAGGGUCCUGGGCUGCGCCGGAGAAACAGAGCUGUGGACAAGCCUUUCAGCUGUAAAAUCUGCCUGCGAGGCUUCUCGGCCGCCUGGUCCCUCAAAUUGCACGAGAAGGGCCACAGUGAGAACAAGGAGUUCACCUGUGAAGUGUGUGACAAGUCCUUCCACAACAAGUACUCGUUUAGCUACCACCAGCGCAGCCACACAGGCGACAAGCCCUUUGUGUGCGACGUGUGUGGAAACAGGUUCUUCCAGGCCAGCAGCCUGAAGCAGCAUGAGCGCAUCCACACAGGAGAGAAGCCCUACAAGUGUGACCAGUGCGGCAAAGCCUUCCGUACCGACGGCAACUUCUACAGACACAUGCGCAUCCACAGCGGAGAUAAGCCCUUUCAGUGCAUGUACUGCGAGAAGAAGUUCCACCAGUCCAACCAGCUGAAGGCCCACAUGCAGCUGCACACAGGACAGAAGCUGUACUCCUGUCCCACCUGUGGACGAGGCUUUUCAGACUCCCGACAGCUCAAGAAACAUAGCUGCCACGGCUCAUGAUGAAGGUCCUCUUCUAUCAAACUUUAUCAUGACAAAACUGACUCUGCCUUGUCAACGGACAAGGUGGAUGCUGCUUUUAUGUGAUCUCGGGAAUACUAAAGAUCCAAGUUCCGGAAAAGGGACUCAAGUUGGAAUUUAAAUGGGAAACUAAUGUGGGAAAGUUGAAACAACUAUCUCCUCACAGAAACUGUCCUGUAACCACAAUAAGCGUUUCUACAUAUUUUUCCAAUGAAACAACUAAUAGAUAACUAAUAAUCAUUGUAUUAACGUAUGUUACUACUGGCUGUUAAACAGGUCUUUUCAGAGCUGUGAUAGAUCUGAUAUUUUUAGGUCUGAUAAAUAAAGUUGUAUCAGCGGUUCUGAGAUCACAUGAAUGCAGCAUAAUUUCACACAGUGUAAACAUGCUCAGGAGUGGCUUCUGGAAAUAUGAAGUACAACCCCCGGAAAUGUCAGCUGUAACAAAAUUUUAUUUGAGUUUUAUUUGAGCAAUAUAAUGAGCCACAGCUUUUUUGGGGUUUUAACUUUUCUCUGCACUGACCCAGCACAGCUUUGGUAAUGAGGGCCACUGUGUUUAAGUCAUAGACUGUAGUCUAUGGUUCAGUUCUGUGCCUUAUGUUUCUAAUAAAGUCACGUUGCUGUACUGUUCUGCACCACUUUUAAUAAUGAGUAGGGUAUGGAUUCCAUAAAUAUAGAAAAAGUUUAACCUGGAUUAUUUGAAAGCCUAGACUGGUAUACAAUAAUACAAUGUUUAUUACAAAA